AUGUCUUCUUUUAGCUCACCCCAGACUGAGUCCACAAUCGUGGUAAUCGGCGCUGGAAUCAUCGGCCUUACCAGCGCCCUCAAGAUCCAAGAGUUGACAAAAGACUCCCCAUCAACAUUAGUCCUCCUCGCCGCAAAAGAAUGGCCGACUUCAAUCCCAGGUGUUCCAAUUACCCACUCAGCCGAUUAUGCCUCCAUGUGGGCAGGCGCUCACGUCCGACCCAUCCCCGCCUCAACACCACAGCUUCGUCGUGAAGCCAAGUGGUUGAAGACUACUGUCGCUGAGUUUGAGAACAGUGAACCUGGUGUCGGAGUUCGUCGCCUUCCAGGAAUUGAGUACCUUGAGGACCCGCCUGUUGAGUACAUUAAACAGGAUGUGCAUAGCUUUACGGAAGAGACGGGGUUGCCCGGAUAUCGUAGAUUUGACUCGAGAGAAUUGCCAGAGGGUGUGAAGCUUGGGUACCAAUAUGAGACGUAUUGUAUCAAUGCGCCGCUUUACUGCGCGAAUUUGCUUCGCAAGUUUAUUGUUCAGGGCGGGAAGACUGUUCAAAGGGAGUUGAAGAGUGAAUGGGAGGCUUUUAUUCUGGCGCCGAAUGUGAAGCUUGUGGUCAAUGCAAGUGGGAUGGGAUUCGGCGACGCAAAAAGCUUUCCUAUUAGAGGUCAAACUGUGUUGACAAACCUCACUGCUGCUGACAAGACGAUCACAACACAAAAGAAGGACGGAACAUGGAGCUUCAUCAUCCCACGAUCCUUCAACGGUGGUACGGUCGUUGGCGGUACGAAAGAGAUAGGUAACUGGGAUCUUGAACCAUCACAAGAGACUCGAAGCCAGCUACUAAAAGCUGCGCAAUCCAUCAUCCCUCAAGCCUGCAACAACCAAGAAAACGCUGAGUCGGUCAAGGUCAUCAAGGACGUCGUUGGAAGACGGCCAGCUCGUGAGGGAGGCAUGAGGGUUGAGACGGAAAAGAAGGAUACUACUUGGGGAGUUAAACAUGUUGUUCACGCGUAUGGAGCGGGUGGACGUGGCUAUGAGCUGUCCUGGGGUGUUGCUGACGAGGUUAUGGAGCUUGUGAAGGAUGUUCUUAACACACAGUCGGCGAAAGCAAAGCUAUAA